AUGCCCAAAGCACGCAGCAGCGGCAGCGGCGGCGCGGGCCACGGCCUAGAGAACGCCAUCGAGCUGAGCUCGGGCGACGAGUCGAGCAGCGACGACCAGCCCAUCGUGCUGGCGCCGACGAAGAAACGCGCCUCCAGCGGGAACACCAAGCCGGCCGACCGCCCCGUGCCUCGUCCUGCGGUGCAUGGCUCGGCGAGCGCAAGCAAGAAGCGCAGCGCGGCCGACGUGCCACUGAGCUCCGAGUCUGAGGAUCUGCCUGACCUGCACUUCGGCUCGGGCUUCAGCAGGGCCGCGCCCGUCGCCAAACUGCCGCAGCGCAGCCGCUCCGACGGUCCUCCCAAGAACGUGGCGUCCGGUAGCGUCAAACGCGAGGCAUCAGGCUCCGGCGCUCGUGACAGUGCCGUUCCUGCCCCGCGCCGCGCACCGGUCGUGCACAUGGCCGAGUCCGACGAGGACGUCAAGGUCCACAUCCCGGCAACCCCAGCACAGGCCGAGGGCGCCUACACGCGCUUCGCAACGCUGAGAGCAGCCGUGCGUGUCGACGAUGCGGUGCAGGCGCUCGACGCCCGCGGUAAGGAGGUCAAGAUCAACGUCGCGGGCUCGAUGCUCGUCGUGACGCUGGCCGAUGACGAUGCCUUUCUCGGCGAGAUCCAAUGCCGCGCUCUGCUGCCCUUCUUCAACGGCUUGUACCCCGUGCAGCACCGCGCGUUCCUGCUGGCGCCGGCAAUCGCAGCGCGCUCGCACAACGUGGCCUUCGACCUCAGUGCGCUCACCAAGCUGACGGAGACGUACCGUCGCAAGAUCAAGAAUGUCGUCUUCAACGACGGCGGCAACGUCACGUUCCUCUCGCGCAAGGGCGCCGGCAAGGACGCGGCAGACUACGGCGCCGAGAUGCGCGCCGUCGUGGCUGCUGAACCUCGCGAGACGCUGAAGGGUGUAGGAAAGGAAGAGAGGGCACGCAUCGCCCAAGCUCGUCUUGAAGAGGCCAUUGCCGAGCGGCGCAAGCGUCGCGCUGACGCACAGGCCGCGGCCGCGGCGCAGGCCCAGCCUGUCGCCGGUCCCAGCGGAGUCAAGCACGAGGGCGACGUCAAGCCCGAAGUGCCCGCCGUCGUCGCGGCUGCCGAGCAAGCGGCCGCAGGUGCACCCGCAGCGGUGCCUGGCGCACUGCCCGCACUGCCGCCUGCACGCCUGGCUCGCCAGGUUUUCAUUGACGGGGAGUUGGUUGAGAUCGAGGGCGACGACCCGGCGGGCGCGCUCUUCAAUGGCCUCGCGCCGCCCGCGCCGGGCUCGGAGAUGGCCGACAUGCUGCGCAACAUGGCGCAGGGAGAGUACCACGGCAACGACGCGCUGGGCGCGCUGUACGAUGAGAAGGCCUCGUUCGACGUCGCGCAUCUGCCCAAGUACGCCGACACCGACGCACUGAGAGCGCGCGGCCUCAAGACGUCGCUGUACCCGCACCAGCUGCAGGGCCUGCGCUGGAUGAUCGAGGCGGAACACCGUACGCUGCCUCAGGAGCCCGACGACGAGCCCGUGAUGCUAUACGUGGCGCGCAAGGAUGCCCGUGGCGGCCGCUACUGGUACCACAUGGGCUUGCGCGAGUCCACGCGCCGUCCGCCGCCCCUGCCGCGCGGCGGCAUCCUCUCCGACGGCAUGGGCCUGGGCAAGACGCUGCAGGUCGUUGCCCUGAUCAUCAGCGACUGCGAUGACCCCAGCGCUGCACGCGGCGCCGACGUCAAGCCCGACGCAGACAUGAAGAACGGCCACAGCGAUACGGAGGACGACGGCCCGGCGCCGAAGAAGCGCGCUGCCCUUAAGGGCAAGGGCAAGGCGAAGGCGGCCUCCAGCGUGAAGAAGGAGGCGGGCGGCCGCGCAGCAAAGGGCAAGGCGCGCAGCAGCUUUGUCAAGAAGGAGUCGCGCCGCUCGCGCUCGGAGUCUGCCGACUCGGACUCGUACACCGAGUCGGGCUCGGAGUCGGACGAGCUGCUCUCGAGCGAGGACGACACGGGCAUCCCUGACGACGACCCGGAAGCGCCCUACACGCACACGAACCUCAUCGUCAUGCCACUCUCGAUUCUCACGCAGUGGAAGGACCAGAUUGCGAUUCACACGUCCGGCGUGCGCGUGCUCGUCUACCACGGAGCCGACGUGGUCAAGAAGUACAAGACGUUCAAGAACUACGACAUCGUCCUCACGACGUUCGACACGCUCAAGAACCAGCACCGCGUGCUGGCCGAGAAGCGCGAUCUGGAGCGGCGCAAGGAACUCUACGAGGCAGCCAUGCUCGAGCUCCAGGAGGAGAGAGAAAAAGUAGAGGCACGGCGGCCCCAGGCCGUCACGCCGGGUCUGCUCGCCAGCGUUGAUGCAGAUCUCGAGAUCAUCGAGGAACGUAUGAAGGAGGAGAAGCGCCUCCUCAAGCACGGCCCGAACCCCAAGAAGAAGGGCAAGCCCGGCCGUCCCAGUAAGAAGGCCAAGAAGAGCGCCAAGGGCAAGGGCCGUGCGUACGACACGGACAGCGACUUUGGCAACAGCGAGGAGGACGACUACAUGACGGACGAGAGCUUCAUCGUCUACAAGCGCAAGGACAACUACAAGAAGAGCGACUGGGUCGGCCCGCUCUUCACGACGCGCUUCCGCCGCUGUGUCCUGGACGAGGCGCACAUCGCGCGCAACUCCAAGACUGGCAUCUACCAGUCGAUCCUCGACGUGCAGGCACAGCGCAAGUGGUCGCUCACCGGCACGCCCAUCGUCAACGGCACCAAGGACCUCGGCUCGCUGGUCGCCUGGCACGGCCUCGAGCCGUUCGCCAGCGACGCCAAGAUGUGGACGAAGCUCAUCGAGACGCCGCUCAAGAAGAACGCGCGCAUGGGCGGCACCCUGCUCAAGGCCGUCGUCCGCGCGCUGAUCCUGCGCCGCGUCAAGUCGAUGACGGACGACAAUGGCAGGCCGCUUGUGCCCCUGCCGCCUAUCACUGUGUACGAGCACACGGUGCCGCUGCGUCCGGACGACCGCGUGUACUACGACAAGUGCGAGGAGGCGCUCAAGGGCCACGUCGAGGCGCUCAUCGAGACUGGCGAGCUGGCUCGCAUGAGAUCGUUCGUCCUGGUGUUUCUCGUGCGCCUGCGCCAGCUGGCUUGCCACCGCGGACUCGUCAGCCCGAAUCUGCUGGAGGAGCUGAAGUCGGCGAAGUGGACCACUGGCGAGAAGGACGGCGAUGCUCCCGCGACGCUCGACCAGGCGACCAUCGAGAUGCUGCAGGAGCAGCUCGCGGCCGUCGUCGCGCUCAACGAGGACUGCCCGAUCUGCUUCACGGCCCUCGCCGAGAAGACGCCGGUCAUCACGACGUGUCGCCAUGCCUACUGCCGCGAGUGUAUUGAAACGGUCAUGAACUCGCCGGGUCCGCUGUGCCCGCUCGACCGCCGUCCGCUGCCGAAGGGCUCGCUGCUCAUCGAGCUGCCCGUGUCACGCGCCAGCUCCGAGGACACCGCCGACAGCGACGCCGAGGACUGGACGAUGGAGCGUGGCAGUGCCAAGCUCGACGAGAUCACCCGCAUCAUCCUCGGUCUUGAGGCCCAGGACCCGACCGAGAAGGUCGUCGUCUUCUCGAACUUCAAGAAGCAUCUCGACAUUGUCGCCAAGCGCCUCGAAUUGGAGAGCGUGCCGUACUGCCGUCUCGACGGCAGCAUGAACAAGGAGCGCCGCGAGCGCUCGAUCGCCUCGUUCAACCGACCGAUCGACCCGGAGGACCUGCCCGACCUCAAGCCCGUCGUCGGCGGCACGCGCAUGAGGUCCGGCGGCCCCACUCCCUCGGUGCUGUCCCUGCUGAACAACCUCGACUCCACUCGCCGCGACGCCGGCUACGCGGUCAAGAAGAAAACGAAGGCGCAGCUCAGCAAGCGCGAGCAGGCGGCGCAGGAUGAGCGCGAGGGCAUUGGCCGCACCAUCCCGCGCGUCUUUCUCAUCACCAUCGGCGCCGGCUCGCUCGGCCUCAACCUCACGGCUGCCUCGACGUGCAUCAUCAUCGACCCCUGGUGGCAGAGCGCCAUCAGCGACCAGGCGACGGACCGCAUCCACCGCAUGGGCCAGACGCGCGACUGCAAGGUCUUCCAUUUUGUCUCGGAAGGAACGAUUGAGAAUCGCAUGCAGGAGAUCCAGAAGUCCAAGGAGGCGCUCACAAUGAAGGCCUUUGAGGGCGUCACGUCGCACGGCAAGCGCAUCGCCGCAGCGCGCGACCGCCGCACAACGGGCCUCGGCGACCUGGCCGCGCUGCUGAACCUCAGUCCCGAGCUCGUGCGCCGCGCCGAGCGCCUGGCUGCCGAGCGCGCCUAG